AUGCAUGCCUUGCGCAAGCUCUUACUUGCUUUCAAGUCUGCUGCGUUCAGCUCCGGUAGCAAAUUGACCAAUGUUCUAUUUUCAAUCAAAUCAUCCUCAGUUUUCAAUGCCCUGAUCACUACCACACUAAGGUAUCUACCAGUGUUCCUCAACCAGAGUUUUCCCACAAGAGAGCUUCCGAGUGGGAAGUUUAAAAUCGCCAACAACUCCAAAAUGUAUGCGUCGAUGCAACGAAUGCUUAAGUCAUACUUUACCUCUCUGACUGAAUUGGCAGCCCAAGUUCCAUUGCAAGAGAAGGGAGAUUCAGGGAAAGAUAGCAUGCUACAUACUGCCACUUCACUAGAGCUAUGGUCCUCCUCUUCAGACCAAGUUUUUGUGGCCGCCAUACUCUCGCUCAGAAGGAUUGCAGUAGCCGCAGAUAGCACGACGAUGGAGUCUAUCAUGAAGGGUGUAUACACUGCCCUAAUCAGAAGCGCCAAGAGUACCACCGUCUUCACCUUACCGCUAAUCAACUUGAUGAAGAACUCAGCGUCGGGCCUUUAUCUGAUCAACACCGAGACCUCAUACCCGAUUGAAGGAUUCCAGGCCGUCUACAAUUGGCAGUACAUCCACAGCUUGGAUUUCUGGUCUCUCGUCCUCUCUUUGGCUUGUGAAAAGAAUAGCAACGGGUCAAGAUCUGAGCCUAGUGCCUUGCAGCCCCUUAUCUACCCUCUCGUCCAGAUCACCAUUGGCGUGAUCAAGUUGAUUCCAACUUCGCAGUAUUAUCCUCUCCGGUUUCAUUGUAUCCGACUCUUGUUACGAUUGAUCCAACAAACGGGAACGUUUAUUCCUCUGACACCGUUCCUUCUGGACAUGAUUGACUCGCCGCUGUUCAAGCGACAGCCGACGUCGACGAGUCUGAAAGCGCUGGACUGGGGGUACCUCCUUCGAUGUCCCAAGUCGCACGAGAACAGUCGAGUGUAUGCGGACGGGGUGGCAGAAGAAACGAGCUACUUGUUGCUGGAGGAUCAUGCUUGCAUGAGCAAGUCGAUUGGCUUCCCCGAGCUCGUCUUACCCGCUCUCACCAGCCUCAAAAAAUUCUCCAAACAAUUCAACAAACAUCAGAAAUUGGUCGGCCAUAUCAAAACUCUUGUCGAGAAGUUGGAAGCUAAUAAGAACUUUGUCGAGGACAAACGCGCCCAUCUCGGCUUCGGACCCAAGGAUCGCGCCCGCUCGCUCGCCUUCUUGGCCGAUCUUCCCCCUGAGAAAACUCCCAUCGGCGCUCAUCUCAGACUUCAGUCUAAAAUCAGAGAUCAGAAACGCGCUGCACUCGAUCGCUCAGCUCAUAAAAAUAUUCAAGUCGAUGAUGAUUGA